ACGUCUCUGGGAAACCCUGGGAGACAUGGCACGAGCAAUGAUGUAUACUGCAAACAUGCCAAAAGAAGAAUGACCACUUGCAUAUGAACAUGCUGUAUGGUUAUACAAUCGGAUUCCACAUCAGAAGUAUGACUUGAAGAAAAGUCCAUACGAAAUAAUCUAUGGUAUCAAGCCUGACAUGACCAAAGUAAAAGUAUUUGGCUGUGAAGUGUAUGAACUUAUAUCUAAGCAAAGCAACACAGGUUUGGGUCAAAAGCUCAAUCCAAGAGCAAAAGCUUUUAUGUAUGUUGGACAUUCGGAGACCACAAUUGCUGAUUCCUAUAAACUGUAUGACAGAGUAAGCAAAACUGUCAAGACAGGAAGCAUCAGUAAGUGCACUGAAAACGUGGAUGAGUACGGGAAAGUGCUAAGCAAGCAUAACCACUCAUAUGCACAUGACUUCUCGGUCAGAGAAACUCUGCCAGAAGAUUUCUGCGAAGGAAAGGAAGCUGAAAAAUUCCUGGUUAAGGUGGUACAGGAUUUUGAUUUGUAUCAUGACAGCGAAAAUGCAACCACGCAUUUGCUGAUAAAGGUAAAACCAUCCACCGGACAAGCUCGAUGGAUGUUCGCAACAUCAAUGUUCAAAAAGAAAUCUGAAAAGAAUUUAAAGAUAAUGUUCAGCAAGCUUCAGAAUUUCCUGAAUAAGAAGGAUAGUCAGAAUCCAUAUAGGAUUAAAGACUUGAGGAUUGCUGUGCAACCGUUCCUUUCAGAGGUUUAUUGGAUGCGAAUUUUGCCGGGCAAACCCCUACCAGGCAAAGAUAGAAUGAAAACUGUGCAUGCGGCAUAUAUAUUGUCCCAUAAUCCAAACUCAAAGAAUCUUUGGACAAUAGUGCGAUUCACCGAUGGCGUCUUGUAUGAAGCAGAUGACAGUGAGUUGAAAUUCCACAAGGAAGACUUGCCCAAUAACUGUAAAAUUGCAUCACAAGCAUGGAAACAAGACAUAGAGGUGAAUGCAGUGCUUAACUACGACCUUUUCAGCGAGAGAGGCAUUGAGCAUUCAGGUGCACAAGUUUGUGCAAUAUCAAGUGCAUCUGAAAAACUUAACAAAACAUAUCUCAAUAAGCCUGAGCCCACAACAUACAAGGAAUCGCAGAAAACUGAUGAGGCCGAACAAUGGAAGGCCGCGACUGAAGCUGAACUCAAACAAAUGGAGGACUUAUAAGUCAUUUCAGCAGUCGAUAAAGUUCCAGAAGGUAAGAAUAUUACCGAGUCUAGAAUGGUUUAUAAGAGGAAACUCACCUCUCUGGGCGAUGUGGAGAAAUGGAAAGCAAGAUUAGUAGCCAAAGGAUUCUCCCAACAAUACGGAGUAGACUGGAACGAGAAUUUUGCACCAACGCCACAAACAGCUGGAAUAAGACUCUUGAUCGUGUUCAUAUUGCAUUUUGGACUAAUGCAUAUGCUUCAGGAGACGUCAGUGGAGCAUUCUUAAACAGCACCCUGACAGAGGAAAUCUAUUUAAGAUUACCAGAAGGACUUAAACUCCAUGGAUCAACCAUAGUUCUGCUAUUAAAAGCUCUGUAUGGUUUAAAGCAAGCAGCCAAUGAAUGGCAUGCUCUCUCUGAUAAAAUUAUUAGAGAAUUUGAUCCAGAACUGAAACAAAGCAAAUCAGAACCGUGUAUCUAUUAUAAAAUCACCAAAGACUGCAUAUUUGUGCUGUCAGUGCAUGUAGAUGAUUACCUGUUUGGAUACAACAGCAAAGAAUACAUGCAGGGCUUUGUGGCACAUUUUAACAAAACCAUAAAGAUGA